AUGAAUCCCGAUGUUGGAGGCUUCUAUAUUAUUUUCUUGUAUAAUUACAGGUCCAUCCUAUCUCGGACGUCAUGGUCCGGGUUUUUCUUUUUACUGCUGCUAGGAGGCAGUAUUGGAUUACAAUAUCAGCCAGUUGAAAUUUUUGCUAGAGGAGGAGAUGAUUGUGCUUUGGUCCUUAACGGUCCUGGAAGAACCAGCUCCUUCGAUUAUACCUUCAAUUUACUACGUGGUAGCUUCCCUUCGAGUGUCGGUGGCCAGUCAUGUAUCACUUACGAGGCCAUUAAUCAUGCGUACGUCGAAGCCAGGAAACGAAUUCGCAUUGCGCAACCCAAAACAGAAAUAUGGAGACCCGAGGAAUUGGCAACGGUCGGAGAACUUUUGUUGGACAUUUCAACCCAAAUCGCCCACAUGUAUGGUCUCUCCUACGAGGAAAUCGAAAAAAGUCUUCCGUUGAUUGAUACAUCGAAAACUCGGAUUCGCGAAGUUUGCCCAGCCUUCUUGAGUGAUGUUGAAUGUCGUCCUGGCAAAUAUCGCCGUUUUGAUGGCCUCUGUACAAACUUGGAGAAUCCCACAUGGGGUGCAUCUUUAUCGCCAUUUGUGAGAUUGCUGCCUCCUCGUUUUUCGGAUGGCAUGUCCUCACCAAGAAUUGCAACUUCCGGCCGUAAUCUGCCUCUUUCACGUAUCGUCUCACGUACCAUGCACCCGGACGAUGGUUUUCACGAUCACGCUGGAACCGUCAUGGUUAUCGCUUGGGGCCAAUUCAUGGAUCACGAUUAUACACUCACUGCCACUCCUUUGGAUCCCUUCAAUCGUAAUGACCCGGAAGAAUGCUGCAACCGACCACCACACCAGAAGCAUCCUUACUGCAAUGAAAUUUUAAUUCCUGAAGAUGAUUACUUCUACAGAUUAUUCAAUGUUCGUUGUAUGGACUUUGUUCGCGCAUUCCCAGCGGUGCGUCCUGGCUGCCGUCUAGGAAGCAGAGUUCCCUUCAAUCUUCUUACAGGACUUCUCGACGGAAACACCGUUUAUGGAGUUACAGAAACCCAUGCGAGAAAACUACGAACUGGGUUUGCCGGACUUUUACGGAUGAAUCCGGUAUUUUCAGAGUAUGGCUUAAAGGACCUGCUUCCUCUGAAAUUGGACAUUCCUGACGAAGGUUGUACGCGUCCAAAUAAAUCGAUGUAUUGCUUCGAGGCUGGGGAAAUUCGAGUGAACGAACAACUGGUACUUACUUGUAUGCACACUCUCAUGGCUCGAGAACACAACAGGGCUGCUAAAGCUUUAUCUCAAGUAAAUCCUCAUUGGGAUGAUGAAACCCUUUUCCAAGAAGCUCGUCGAAUCGUUAUUGCUGAAAUACAGCACGUCACGUACAAUGAAUUCUUACCAAUUUUGCUGGGCAAGGAUGUCAUGGAGAAGUUUGGUCUGCUGCUCGAAAAAGAUAGCUACUGGGACGGAUAUGAUUCAAAUGUAAAUCCAGGAGUGAUAGACGCAUUUGCCUCUGCAGCGUUCAGAUUUGGACAUUCUUUGUUGCCAACUGCUGUUGAAAGAUGGAGCAAGGCCCACAAAUUCAUUGCAUCCAAAAGAUUGUCAGAUCUGAUCAGAAGGCCGUACGACCUUUACCGAGCUGGUGUUUUAGACGAGUAUUUUAUGGGACUUAUGAAUCAAGUUGCCCAAGCCAUGGACGAUUCAAUUACACAAGAAGUCACGAAUCAUCUCUUCAAAAAAGUAGGUGCUAAAUUUGGAAUGGAUCUCGUGUCAUUCAACAUGCAAAGAGGUCGUGAAUUUGGUAUUCCAAGCUACAUGGAAUUCAGAAAAUUCUGUGGACUUCCGGGGGCGGACACCUUCGAAGAACUCUUUGGAUCAAUGCCCAAUGAAACUAUCCACAGAUACAGAUCUAUUUUCGAGCAUCCAAAUGACGUUGAUCUUUGGUCCGGAGGUGUGUCGGAAAGACCUCUUCCAGGAAGUAUGUUGGGACCCACUUUCGCAUGUGUCAUUGCAACACAAUUCAGUAAUUCCAGACGUGGUGACCGAUUCUGGUACGAACUUCCGAAUCAACCAUCGUCAUUCACUCUAGAUCAAUUAAACGAGAUUCGCAAAGGAAGACUCGCUCGUUUAAUUUGCGACAACACAGAUCUGAUUGAUACAAUUCAGAUAUACCCGAUGGUACUGCCUGAUCAUGAAAUAAAUCCACGAGUUCCAUGUCGAAGUGGCGUUCUGCCUGGCAUCGAUUUCAGUAAAUGGGCUGAAUUUCCUGCAAACGGAGGGGCAGCAUACGUAAGUAAUUUAGCUGCCCAGUACGGGCAUUUGGGCAAGUAAGCGUAGGAAUUUGUCACAUGUAGAUAAAUAAUGCGCACUCGUCAUCAAGUAUUUUCGAACAAAGAAAAAAAAUUGAGUCCCUAUAUAGAGAAAUAUUUUAGUGAAAUAAUGUAUUCAUCCUAUAACUUAUUUAUAUCCAUUGUUUUAUAAUCAAUCAAGAAUUAUUAUCUACAUAAAUUUAUCUCCUGAAAUAUUGAAGUAUGAAAUAUUGAAUGGUUCAUUAUAUUACUAAAUUAUUUUUCUAUCCGGGGACUUAAUUGCACUUAUUUAGAUUGACUUCCUUCUUAUGGUUUAACCUAAGACUGAAGCAAAAUCACAAAUCAAGGGAUAGUCUUUUUUUGGUUAUAAACCAAUAUAAGGAAAUCACGUAAUCGAUCACUGGCUUGAAAAUAAAUCACAGUACUGGUAUCGUAAGUAAGAGGAGAAAGUAGAAUUUCCAACAUGUUUCAAUUAAAGUAUAAAAGUUAUAGAGAGAGGGAGAACAGUGUUAAAAAUUAUGUUAAAAAAUUUUUUAUACAUUUUAGAGAGUAGUUAGUUAAUCCAAGUGGACUAGAAUGUUGCGUUUUAUUCUUAACAAGCAUUGACACACUAUUUAACAAGUAUUUACACUAUUUAGCUAUUAUUAAUUAAAAAUCAUUUUAAACAAUCAAAAAACAUUUUGCCAUACAUCACUGGAAGCAAAAUCGAAUUUACAAAAAAUAUUUUAGUACCUCUUUUCGAACGUAAAUUCAACGUUUUGCCAUAUUUUUAUUACCAUACAGAUAAUUUGAAAAAAUGUGGUCUAUCAUAAAUAAAAAAGUAGUAAUUAAGUGAACCAAAAAUAAUUUUUCUUAUGAUUUGUUUCUUAUGGUAGUAUUUGCCAUAGCUACUGUUUAGAUUUUUAUACACUAGUUUAUAAUCGAUGUGGCAAUUUCGUUUUGAUUAAAAUGUAACUGCUUUCUGUGGAAAAAUCGAAUUAAAAUGAUCUUAUUAAUACAAAAACGAACUCAAUAACUCUUUUUUAUUUGUAAUAAGUUUUAAAAUUUACUUUGAAUUUUCCAGCAAGGCGAGCACAUUCUGGAUUUUUAUUUAUGCUACUCGUUUAUUUUUAUUAAUUUUUUAUU